AUGGCUCGUACUAAGCAAACAGCUCGUAAAUCGACUGGUGGUAAGGCACCACGUAAGCAAUUGGCAACGAAAGCUGCUCGAAAAAGUGCCCCUUCCACUGGUGGAGUGAAAAAACCACAUCGUUAUCGUCCUGGUACUGUUGCCCUUCGUGAAAUUCGUCGUUACCAAAAAUCCACUGAAUUGCUGAUCCGUAAACUACCUUUCCAACGGUUGGUACGUGAAAUUGCUCAAGAUUUCAAGACUGAUUUACGUUUCCAAUCGGCCGCUAUUGGAGCCCUUCAAGAAGCUGCUGAAGCUUACUUGGUUGGAUUGUUUGAAGAUACCAAUUUGUGUGCAAUUCAUGCUAAACGUGUGACAAUUAUGCCGAAAGAUAUCCAACUUGCCCGCCGAAUCCGUGGAGAGCGCGCUUAGAGAAAUUGAUAACCCCUAAAGCAAAUUUACCUGUAUAAUGUAGUGUAGAUGACUGACUUCAAAAUGUAGAUUUCAAUAUAGUGGCACUACAUGAAAAUGGUGCCGAAUUUAACUUGAACUCUAUUUAAAUGUUAUGAUUACGAAUAUUUCUGCAAUUUUAAUCAGUCGCCGCAUCUUGUUACAAAAUUAGAGUCCAAAAAAUUGCCAGUAAAAGGCGCUGAACUAUUUAGCCAUUGUUUGUUGUUCACCGUGCUACGUUGUAAUGUCUAUUCUAUGUUAAUGAAAUGCAAUUUUAAUGUUGAACUCGCGGACAAAAAUUCAUUUCAUUCAUAAUUUACGUUAAAGAAUGACUGAAAAAAAUGUACGUCAAAGUCAUUUAAUAAAUUAUCCA